UAUUUGUGAAGGCAUGUAUUUUUGUAUAGGUAAUAAUUUGCUACGUAGGUGCAUAGAGAACACACAGUUCGCCUACGUGUUCUACACAAAGCAACAUAUACAGCCAGCUUUGAUUCGCCGUUUUAUUUCCAAUUCUUUAAAAUGUAGGAAACAGAUACCCCAGUCCAGUAUGAAUGACUUUGCGGUCCUCAGCACUGGUCGGAAGAUGCCCCUCCUUGGAUUGGGGACAUGGAAGAGUGAGCCUGGGAAGGUGAAGCAGGCAGUGAUCUUGGCUCUGCAGGCUGGUUACCGGCAUAUUGACUGUGCUUCCAUUUAUGGCAAUGAGGCAGAGAUAGGAGAGGCUCUGCAGGAUACACUAGGGCCAGACAAGGGUUUGAGGCGGGAGGAUGUAUUUGUCACCUCCAAGCUGUGGAACACACAGCAUCACCCUGAGGAUGUGGAGCCAGCCCUGCUGAAGACGCUGAAGGAGCUGAGGCUGGACUACCUCGACCUCUACCUCAUCCACUGGCCCUACGCCUUCCAACGUGGUGACAUGUUGUUUCCCAAGAGAGAAGAUGGCACAAUGCUCUACGAUGACAUCGAUUACAAGCUGACGUGGGCAGCCAUGGAGAAGCUUGUGGGAAAAGGUCUGGUGCGGGCAAUUGGCCUCUCCAACUUCAACAGCCGGCAAAUUGAUGAUGUCCUCUCCAUCGCCAGCAUUAAGCCAAGUGUACUGCAGGUGGAGGGUCAUCCAUACCUUGCUCAAGUAGAGCUACUGGCGCACUGCCGUGAACGAGGCCUGGUGAUGACCGCCUACAGCCCACUGGGGUCCCCUGACCGGGCCUGGAAACACCCCGAUGAGCCUGUGCUGCUGGAUGAGCCGGCCAUCACUGCCCUGGCACAGAAGUACAACCGGUCCCCCGCACAGAUCAUUCUCCGGUGGCAGACUCAGCGAGGUGUGGUGACAAUUCCCAAAAGCGUAACAGAGUCACGCAUCAAAGAGAACAUCCAGGUGUUUGAUUUCACUCUUGACGCAGAGGAAGUGAAGAGUGUAACAGCACUUAACAGAGGCUGGCGUUACAUUGUGCCUACCAUCACAGUCAAUGGGAAGCCUGUUCCCAGGGAUGGUGGACAUCCUCACUACCCCUUCAGUGACCCCUACUGACCACUCUGUUACCUGCCUAUAUUGUGCCUUGUUCCCUUAACAAAAUAAAGUUUUUUCUCAAUUUAA